CCUAAACAGAAAGCUUUGCAGCAGUUUUGUAUAUCACUGUCGAGUGUCGACUGAUCGAUCCCAUGCUCCCCUACGCGACGACGGCGGGGGCGGAAGCGGCAUUGGGCCGCGCCUUGACGGGAGCAGAGGCGGCGUGGCUCCGCUACUCGGCGUCCGUGCCCGACCACCUCCUCUACUGCCACAACGUCGCCAUCCUGCUCGUCAUCUACACCCUCGCGCCUCUGCCCCUCGCCCUCUUCGAGCUGCUGACGCCGCGCGCUGUCAGUUCGCCACUCAAGCUCCAGCCCCGGACGCGCCUCUCGCCGGCCGUCUUCCUCCGCUGCUACUUUGACACUGCCCGCGUGCUGCUCCUCACCGUCGGCAUGCUCAGCAUCGCCUCAUUCCCGGUCGUCAAGAUGGUGGGGAUCCGGACGGGGCUGCCGCUGCCGUCGUUGGGGGAGGCGGCGGCGCAGAUGGCGGUGUACCUGCUGGUGGAGGACUACCUCGGCUACUGGAUCCACCGGCUGCUGCACACCAAGUGGGGCUACGAGAACAUCCAUCGCGUCCAUCACGAGUUCUCGGCGCCCGUCGGCUACGCCGCGCCGUACGCGCACUGGGCGGAGGUGCUCAUCCUCGGCGUCCCCUCCUUCACCGGCCCGGCCAUCGUGCCAUGCCACAUCACCACCCUCUGGCUCUGGUUCGUCGUACGCCAUAUUGAAGCCAUCGAGAUCCACAGCGGGUUCGAUUUCCCAUUCAACCCUACGAGGCUCGUCCCGUUCUACGGAGGGGCAGAAUUCCAUGAUUACCAUCACCGUGUAGGAGGGAAGAGUCAAAGCAACUUUUCUUCUGUUUUCACCUUCUGCGAUUAUCUCUAUGGCACGGAUAAAGGCUACAAAUAUCAUAAAGCAAGCAUCGCAAAGAUGAAGGAGAUGGCACACAAUUAAAUAUUCCGGAGAAAAGAUGGAAUGUGCAAUUACAAAGGUGGGGAGACUACAGAUCAGAUCUAGCUACCACUGUAGUAAUGUCUCUCACAGAAUUUGUCUGUGUCAUGAUUGUUGCCAUCUACGGAGCGCCACGGCAUCUUGCAAUAAACGAACUUUGCCCAUGCAUAUCCUAGUACAGAUCAGAUAAGGGACACUGUUUUUUUAAUCUUUAACUAGUUGAAAACAGUGCUUCAACGCUCACUGGUCUAGUGGCCCCGUGGGGAUAUAUAUCUAUAUUAAUUACCGCAGCUUAUCCAACGUAUGUAUGUCUUUUUUUAUUUCUACAAAAGAUGAUUUUUCUAUCUAAGAAGUUUGUAUCUCUUUGAUACAAGCUAAAGAAGUUUUCA